GACCGGGACUCCGGGGACAACGGCAGAGCAGCCUGCUCCAUUCCGGGCAAUGUCCCUUUCGCUUUGAAAUCGACUGUGCAGAACUAUUACGAGCUUGUCACACGGGGGCCCCUGGACCGCGAGGCGGUGGCCGAGUAUAACAUCAGCAUCACAGCCACGGACCGGGGCGCUCCCCGGCUCGCCUCGGAGAGGGUGAUCCGCGUGCAGCUGUCGGAUGUCAAUGACAACCCGCCGGUGUUUACCGAGCCGUCCUACGUCAUGUACCUGAAGGAGAACAACCUCCCGGGGCUCUUGAUCGGCUCUGUCCACGCUGCGGACCUGGACACCGAGCAGAAUGCCAAAGUGACGUACUCGGCGUUGCCUGGCGACGUGGGCGACCUCCCCUUCUCCUCCUACGUCUCCAUAAACUCCGACAGCGGCCACGUGUACGCGCUGCGAUCCAUGGAUUAUGAGCGAACGAGGGAUUUCGAGGUGCGGGUGCGCGCU